AUGGUCUCAGGUCCUGAGAGCAUCUCACCCAACCUCUUCGCUGCGAAACUGAACGUGCUACUGGUGCUGGUUCUCUUGGACUGCGUUUGCAAUGGGUUCGCUGACUCUCUGUGGGAUCCCUCGCAGUACGUGAUGACGAUUGUGUUUUGUGGCGUGCCGAUAGCGCUGCAACUGCUCAUGCUAAUCCUGUUCUUCAUGCUGCUCUGGAAUACCUUUCUCUUGCGUUACGGGCUCCUCUUAGAACUUUGGGGCGAGCUGCGAGCGGUGGUGGCCUUUUCGCUGUUGCGGUUUGCUAUAUCCCUGGCCGCCCGCGUGCCCCGGAUCCUUGCCGCGCUAGCUGGCGGCAGCCGCGAGGAGCAUUGGGCCAACCCCAUGAACCAGGCGGCUUUCUGCGCAAACAACAUCGUCUCGGUGAUUUACUGCUCGUGGCUGCUGCGGCGAAGCUAUGCCCUGGCAGAUGUACGCUUUUACAAGCCGCAGCCGGGGUUCACAGAUCGCAUCCCCGGUAACCUCAGCAACCUCAGAGGAGGCAAGAUGGGGGCAGCUUUGCGGGGCUGGACAGGGGCCUUUGCUGUAGUGGCCGCCCGGCAGGCUUGCUGCAGCGUGAAGGCACGGACUCCAGACAUGUCUUGGAAUGCUGCACUCGAAGACCAGGUGCGGAUCUCCAAGCAUCAUGGUAGCAUGAGCAGAGGGGAGCUUUAUCAGAAAUCCUUCGCAUGGGUGAUCAUUCUGUUGCUGGGCGCUGCAUUAGAAGCUGAAGUUUCCGGCUCGAUGCGCAAUGCACCUGAAGCAGGGCUGGCCGAGCCGACCUUGAUUGCCACUGCUGCCCAUGCGCGCUGGCGAAGACGGCCCCGAGCAAGACGGCAGAGUGCCGGCGACGGCGAGCAAGAGGCAUCUUGGCAUGCUCGGUAUGCCGCACCCGUCAAGCUGACCAGGCGGUACUGCCCCCAGCGCUUUGCCGUCGGCGACGCACGUGCACAGGAGCAUCUGCGCAGGGAAGGCUAUGUGAUCCUGGCAGACGUCCUGACUCCGGACCAGGUGGCUGAGGCAACGGAGCGCUUCUGGAGCUAUCUCAGCGCCUCAACUGCUGGGGCGGUACAACGUGACUCACCGCUGACCUGGCAAAGCCAUCUCUGGCCUGGCCAAGACUACAAUGGCCUGAUCAACAGCGGAGGCAUCGGACAGUCGGACUUCAUGUGGUACAUCCGCAGCAAGCCUAAGGUGAUCGCAGCCUUUGCUGACGUUUGGGGCGUUGACAAGGAGGAUUUGAUCAUGAGCUUUGAUGGCUGCUGUGCCUUUCGACCCCCUUCGGUGGACCCCAGGUGGCGGACGCGGGCCGGCUGGUUCCACACAGACCAGAAUGGCCGCACGACAGGGAGCGAGUUCGUUUGCGCCCAGGGCCUCGUCGCUCUUACUGACGGCGAUGAGAGCACCGGCGGACUGGCUGUCUUGCCUGGCUCACACAGGAGCCACGCGGAGAUCUUCAGAAGAUGGCCGCUUGAGCGAGAGAACGAUUUCUUCAUACUCCCCCGUUCGGACGAGUUGCUGGCCGAGAGAAGCCCUUGCAAGCCCCACGUGGUGCCUGUCAAUGCCGGGGACCUCGUCCUAUGGGAUAGCCGUUUGAUCCACUGCAAUGUGCCAGCAGUGCAUCGUUUCGACGAGGCACCCCUGGAUGCCGCGCUGCUGGAACUUGGCCUUGGCGAGGCUGCGGAGAAGCUGUUGCCUGAACUCACGAGCGUGGCAGAUGCUGCAUGGACGUGGGCUCUUCAUGAAGCCACGUUCGACGAUAUACUCAGCUCGUGGGGCUUGAGCUCUCCAUCUCUGCGAGAGGAUGUGGCCAAGCAGUGCGCAGUGUGGGCGAAACAAAUCUCCGAGGAGCUCAACUGCGACAGUUCAGUUCCCAAACUCACGCGUUUGGUGGCGUACGUUUGUGCAACGCCGCGCAGCUCGGCGUCAGAGGGCACGCUCCGUCUACGUCAAGCCGCUGCGGUGCUUGGUGCCACCACUUCGCAUUGGCCAGACCGCUGUGCCAUCACGGAUGCCCCACUGAACCGGGCUGGGCUGGUCGACUUCAGGGCACUCGACCCGCUUGCAUUCAGGCUGAUCGGCUGCGCAUCGCACACUCGUGAUGAGGCUUUCGCAGAGCUGACAUCCGUGCUCCGGCAUUUGCAGACGCGCGCCGAUCCAGGUGAAGCAACGAGCCUGUCGGCGCUAGCUGAGCAGCUGCGCUGA